AUGGCAAACCCAUUUGAAAUCGCUGUCUCCGAUGUACAGCUGCAGGCUCUGCGGCAGAAACUCGAAACUGCCUCCUUUCCCGAUGAAUUGGACGAUGCUGAAUGGGACAUGGGCGUCCCGUUGGCGGAGAUGAAACGAUUGACUGCGUACUGGCGCGAUGGAUUCAACUGGCGACACAAGGAAAAGAAACUGAACGAGGCAUUGAAACAGUUCCUCGUCCCCAUCACGGUAUCGGGCUUUGGCGAAUUGGACAUCCACUGCCUACAUCAUACCAGUCCCAACCCAAACGCCAUCCCAUUGCUCUUUAUCCAUGGCUGGCCCGGAAGUUUCCUUGAAGCAACUAAGCUCAUCCCCUUGUUAACAGUGGGCAAUGAUCAGCCAGCGUUCCAACUGGUGGCGCCUUCGUUGCCCAACUUUGGCUUUUCCUCGGCCGUGAAAAAGAAAGGCUUCGGUCUGGUCCAGUAUGCGGAAGCCAUGCAUGCCGUCAUGGCUGCCUUGGGCUAUCACGAAUACGCCAUCCAAGGCGGCGACUGGGGAAGUAUCAUCGCUCGUGUGAUGGCAAAUCGCUAUCCCGACCAGGUCAAAGCCGUGCAUAUCAACUUCCUGCCCGUGAUGCCGCCCCUCCCAUGGCGCAACCCACUCCUGUUUCUCCAGUCUCUCCUGACCAUUCCGUUUUCGUCCAAGGAUAAGGCUCAUCUUGUCGCUACUAAGGAGUACCUGACGGAGGGGAACAGCUACUUCCGUGAGCAAGAGACCUGUCCUCAGACGUUGGGGUAUGCUCUCCACGAUAGUCCCGUAGCGCUGUUAGCUUGGAUCUACGAGAAGCUGCAUGCCUGGACCGAUAACUAUCCGUGGGCAGAUGAUGAGAUCCUGACUUGGGUCAGUAUCUAUCAAUUUUCAACCGCAGGGCCUGCGGCGUCUGUUCGGAUUUACUACGAAGCGGCUCGAAGGGACUCCCCUUCUGCUUCCCCGGGUCUCACGACGGCCGACGUGAUGUCGACCGUUGCCCCCCACAGUGUCCGGUUCGCCGUGGCCCAGUUCCGCCGAGAAUUGUUCCGGGUGCCUCUGUACUGGCGGUCGCUCAUCGGAAACGUCGUUCGGGCCAAUGAAUAUGACUGCGCGGGUCAUUUCGCGGCCUGGGAGGUGCCCGAGUUGCUGGCUUGGGACAUCAAGGCGUUCCUGGGGAGGAACGGCCAGGCCCAUGGUGCUGUGUCAGGGAAGUCCGGGUACUGA